UGUACUUUCUUUCCUUCACAUUCAUCUCAAAACAUUCCUAAAAGUUUCUAUGGCUCGAAAGGCUCUUGCAGUUACAGCUCUUCUUCUCACACUUAAUCUUCUAUUCUUCACUUUUGUAACUUCCACAAAAUGUCCACCAACUACACCUAAACCCCCCAAAAAACCCACAUCCCCAAAGAAGGACCCGGCAGUCAAACCCACUUGCCCUACCGACACACUUAAGCUCGGUGUUUGCGCAGACCUAUUGGGCUUAGUUAAUGUUGUUGCUGGUUCUCCACCAAAGACUCCUUGUUGUGCACUUCUAAAAGGUCUUGCUAAUCUUGAAGCUGCGGUUUGUCUCUGUACCGCUCUUAAAGCCAAUGUCUUGGGGAUUAAUCUCAAUGUUCCCGUUGAUCUAAGCUUGCUAUUGAACUACUGCGGCAAGAAACUUCCUUAUGGCUUCCAAUGUGCUUGAAGAUUUUGAGAUUUAAAAAAAGGGAAAUCUCUUUGGUUUGCUUUGUUCUGUUAGUUUCUACUAUAUAUUGUCUAUCUAUUGUUUUUGUGAGAAAAAAAAAGGCAAAACUCCAACCUUUGUUCUUUUCAUAUUGAGUUUAUGUGUUUAUAUGUGGAUUAAAUUUGUUAAUGAAAAACCUUUUAAUAUGUAUUUUCUGAA